CGCCCCCGGCCGCCCCGCCCCGGCUCGGGCGGCCGGAGGACCCGGAGCGGCGGACCCGGAGCCCGCGGCGGCGGCGGAGACGAUGUGGUUCUUUGCCCGGGACCCGGUCCGGGACUUCCCUUUCGAACUCAGCCCGGAGCCCCCCGAAGGCGGCCCGCCGGGACCCUGGGUUCUGCACCGCGGCCGUAAGAAGGCCACGGGCAGCCCGGUGUCCAUCUUCGUGUAUGACGUGAAGCCCGGCUCGGAGGAGCAGACCCAAGUGGCUAGAGCUGCCUUCAAGCGCCUCAAAACUCUGCGGCACCCCAACAUCCUGGCCUACAUCGAUGGGCUGGAGACAGAGAAAUGCUUCCACGUGGUGACGGAGCCCGUGACCCCGCUGGCAACGCACCUCAAGGCCGGCGCAGAGGCGGGGGGCCCGAAGGAGCCGGAGCUGUCCUGGGGCCUGCACCAGAUCGUGAAAGCCCUCAGCUUCCUGGUCAACGACUGUAGCCUUAUCCACAACAAUGUGUGCGUGGCGGCCGUGUUCGUGGACCGAGCCGGAGAGUGGAAGCUCGGGGGCCUGGACUACAUGUACUCGGCCCAGGGCGACGGCGGGGGCCCUCCGCGGAAGGGGGUCCCGGAGCUCGAGCAGUAUGACCCCCCGGAGCUGGCCGACCCCAGCGGCAGAGUGGCCACAGAGAAGUGGUCGGCAGACAUGUGGCGCUUGGGCUGCCUCAUCUGGGAGGUCUUCAACGGGCCCCUGCCCCGGGCGGCCGCCCUGCGGAAUCCUGGGAAGAUCCCCAAGUCGCUCGUGCCCCACUACUGCGAGCUGGUGGGCGCCAACCCCAAGCUGCGCCCCAACCCAGCCCGCUUCCUGCAGAACUGCCGGGCGCCCGGCGGCUUCAUGGACAACCGCUUUGUGGAGACCAACCUCUUCCUGGAGGAGAUUCAGAUCAAAGAGCCGGCCGAGAAGCACAAGUUCUUCCAAGAGCUGAGCCAGAGCCUGGACGCCUUCCCCGAGGCCUUCUGCCGGCACAGGGUGCUGCCGCAGCUGCUCACGGCCUUCGAGUUCGGCAGCGCCGGGGCUGUGGUCCUUACGCCCCUCUUCAAGGUGGGUGAGCGCCUGAAGGCCGAGGAGUACCGGCAGCAGAUCGUGCCCGUGCUGGUCAAGAUGUUCUCGUCCCCCGACCGCGCCAUGCGCAUCCGCCUCCUGCAGCAGAUGGAACAGUUCAUCCAGUACCUCGAUGAGGCGACGGUCAACACCCAGAUCUUUCCCCACGUCGUCCACGGCUUCCUGGACACCAACCCUGCCAUCCGGGAGCAGACGGUCAAGUCCAUGCUGCUCCUGGCUCCGAAGCUGACCGAGAGCAACCUCAACGUGGAGCUGAUGAA